AUGUCCUUGAUGCGUUUCAGAAGAGCUUGCUGGUGUUUGCACCUUCUUCAACUAUGCACAUCCACAUCUACAUCUGAUAACACCCACCUCCUUUUGUCUGCCUUCAAUGAAGACACAUUCCACCAACACUUUUUCUCCAUCCCAAUAAUCCAUGAUUCAUUCUCUCUGGGAUCCCCCACCCCACUCUUCACACUCCCUUCCCAUCCUAUGGGUCUCACUUCUUCCCGAUAUCUCAACCCCUUGUUCUGCUUUCACGGCCCUAACGAUCACGACCCUAUUCUCACCUACAACCCCACCACCCAACAAACUCUCACUCUUCCUUUUGAUCCUCCAAUCCCUGCUGCAACUGCAACUACUUGGGACAUCAAAACCCAUUUUGGCUUCGACCCUAUAACCAAACUCCACAAAAUCCUUCGUGUGAAAUGGAUAGAACCCAUUCCACCAUCAAUUCCUAGAGUUAUUAAUAUGGAGUGCAUGGUUUUGACACUAGGCAAGGGGUCUUGGAGAAAGAUAAACACUGUUCUGCCUUUUGAUUGUACCAAGUUUGGUAAUGGUGGGGAAAGUCUCUGUAUUAAUGGUGCAAUACAUUGGUUAACAUGUUAUGGGGAUUCCAUUGUGGCUUUUGAUCUCAAAGAUGAAAACUUUAGACUAAUACCACUUCCCCAUGACUACAAAGAAGAAACCUAUGUACCGAUACGUUUGAAAUAUGAACGGUUAAUUGAGGUUGGUGGGCGCUUGGCUUUGAUUGGUGACACGGAUUAUAAACGAGAUUACAUAAUGCAUAUGUGGAUACUAAAGGAUUACCACAAUCAUGUGUGGGUUAAGAAGAGAAUACUCUACCCAGUUAGUUGGAUCAAUUGUGGUCAACCUGUUCCUAUUGGGACUAUUUCCACAGGCGAGAUAUUGCUAAAGCCGCUAUCUUUGUAUAAGACUAAGAGUCUUGCGUGGCUGCUUUUCUAUGAUAUGGAUGGACGAGGCUUCAAGAAGGUUGACAUCACUGGCUUGCCUGAAUGGGUUCAUUCGGGUGGUCCUCGAAUCAUCAGAACCAUUGCUGUAUAUGGGUGA